AUGAAGAAGUUCCGCGCCAAGGCUAGUUCCCUGCCCAUUUUCAACGGUCGGAUAACGGACGCCACCACUCUGACCACCAGCUCGCUGCAGUUGCCAUUGGGACAGGUGCCAGCGAGGAAGAAAUCCACCUGCUGUCGGGUCCUACCCACGGUUUUUACCAUCACGGACGGUACUACCGGAGCGGCCAGUACAUCGCUAGCGGAGGCCAUGUCCAGCAGCAAAGCUCAGGGACCUGCUGCCCGACAAGAACAUCUACUACAGCUCAGCGUUCCUAGGGAGGCAGCAGCGGCGACGGCAUUGGUGGUGGCAGGUCCGGAACUGGCCAACUACGAGAAGGUGCGAGUGGUGGGGCAGGGCUCCUUCGGCAUCGCCAUUCUCUACCGACGUAAAUCCGAUGGACAUCAGAUUGUCUUUAAACAGAUCAAUCUAAGUGAAUUGACGCCGCCGGGUCGGGAUCUGGCCAUGAACGAGGUGGAUGUGUUCUCGAAGCUGCAUCAUCCCAACAUUGUCAGCUACCUGGGAAGCUUCAUCAAAGACAACACGCUGCUCAUAGAGAUGGAGUACGCGGAUGGAGGUACCCUGGCCCACAUUAUUGCCGAGCGUCAGGGCAAGCUGCACUUUCCGGAACGCUACAUAAUCGCGGUAUUUGAGCAAAUUUCCAGCGCCAUUAACUACAUGCACUCGGAAAAUAUACUGCAUCGGGAUCUCAAGACAGCCAAUGUCUUCCUCAAUCGACGAGGUAUAGUCAAAAUAGGCGACUUUGGCAUUUCCAAGAUUAUGAACACCAAGAUUCAUGCCCAGACGGUGUUGGGAACACCCUACUACUUCAGUCCGGAGAUGUGCGAGGGUAAGGAGUACGAUAACAAGAGCGAUAUAUGGGCUCUGGGCUGCAUUCUGGGCGAAAUGUGCUGCCUCAAGAAGACGUUUGCCGCCUCUAAUCUCUCCGAGCUGGUCACCAAGAUCAUGGCUGGCAACUACACCCCAGUUCCCUCGGGUUAUACGUCGGGAUUGCAAAGCCUCAUGUCCAAUCUGCUGCAGGUGGAGGCCGCCCGGCGGCCCACGGCCUCUGAGGUUCUGGUUUAUUGGAUUCCGCUCAUAUUUCGGAGUCUGGGAAAGAACAAGGGCUACUCCUAUGAGGAUGAUGUGGGUGGUCCCAGUGGCCAACACCUGGCGGCUGUUGUUCCUACCGCCGGUCACAGCAACGUGACCAUGGAACUGGAGCUGCCCACCGCUCAGACGGAGACCAAACAGCUGAUGAGCGCGGAGACGGCGGCGCCGCAUGAGAUCCUGGAGAAAAGAUCCGUUUUAUAUCAACUUAAGGCCUUUGGCACCUGCUUCAGCAUGGCUCCGAUCCAGCUGCCGCCCAAGGCCGUCAUCGUCAGCGUAGCCAUGUCGGACUCACACUUUGUGGUGGUCAACGAGGAUGGAUCGGCAUAUGCCUGGGGCGAGGGCACCCAUGGCCAGCUGGGACUCACAGCGCUGGAGGCCUGGAAGCACUAUCCCAGCCGCAUGGAGAGCGUGCGCAACUACCAUGUGAUUGGUGCCUGUGCCGGCGAUGGCUUCACUAUCCUAGUCACCCAAGCUGGCAGCUUGCUUAGCUGUGGGAGCAACGCUAAUCUGGCUCUGGGGCAGGAUGAGCAAAGGAACUACCAUACGCCCAAGCUGGUGGCCCGUCUGGCUGAUGUCCGGGUGGAGCAAGUGGCCGCCGGACUGCACCAUGUCCUGGCAUUGAGCCGGGAGGGAGCGGUCUAUGUGUGGGGCACCAGUGCCUGCGGAGCCCUAGGUCUGGGUAACUACCAGCAUCAGCAGAAAUUCCCACAGAAGAUUCUCUUGUCCCAUGUGAAGACUAAACCCACUAAGAUCUACUGUGGUCCUGAUACCUCCGCCGUGCUGUUUGCCAAUGGAGAGCUCCAUGUCUGCGGCAGCAAUGAUUACAACAAGCUGGGAUUCCAGAGACCAGGAAAGAUCACUGCUUUUAAAAAAGUCCAACUGCCGCACAAGGUAAUCCAGGCCUGCUUCUCGUCCACCCACUCGGUGUUCCUAGUGGAAGGAGGCUAUGUCUACACUGUGGGUCGAAAUGCUGAGGGUCAGCGUGGUAUAAGGCACUGCAACUCCGUAGAUCAUCCUACCCUGGUGGAUGCUGUCAAAUCUCGCUAUAUUGUGAAGGCCAACUGCAGUGAUCAGUGUACUAUAGUGGCCUCCGAGGAUAACAUCAUCACGGUUUGGGGCACUCGCAACGGCCUGCCAGGACUUGGCUCCAGCAGCAGUGGUUUGGGUAUGGAGAUUUGCACGCCCAACACAGAGCUGGAGCUGGGCAACAACACAGCGGCGUUCACCAACUUUCUGGCAUCGGUUUACAAGUCCGAGUUGAUACUGGAACCGGUGGAUAUAUUGGCACUAUUCUCCUCCAAAGAGCAGUGCGAUCGUGGCUAUUACGUGCAGGUUCACGAUGUCUACCCCCUGGCCCACAGUGUACUGGUGUUAGUCGACACAACCACCCCGCUCAUCUCCUCCUACGAGGGUGACUAUCCCCAAAUGUAGACUUAAUAAAUAUAA